ACACUUAUCUGAACGAGCUUCGUAUGGCAGCGACAACCAAAGUGACAGACGGACAGGCAAGCAGUCAUCAGCACCACCACUAUUUUUAUUUAUUUUUUCCCCCCUUCUUUGUGACCUCUCCGCACCCUGACACCCCCUCCAUCCACCCUACUCUCUCCUCCCUCUGCACCACUUACAAUACGGUGCAGUCCAUCCAUCGAAGCCAACUCUCUCCUUGGAAGAAGAGAAGAAGAACGACAGCAACCCCACCUCCUUCUGCAAGUUUGUGAACAUCGAAUAACGGGCAUUAUCUCUGCGUCUCAUACCCUCCCUUGCUCCUACCUGCUGUGCCAUCUAUUUGUGUCUCUUCCCCAUUUGCGCCCCGCUGCCCGCAGAUCCCUGAACCUCGACCACCAAAGCCACUGGGCAGGCAGGACAGAUACUCUCCUCACGGCUCCCCCCAUCACCCGUCCACCCUUGACUUAUUUGCACAUCUAUAAACAGGAGGAACGUCGGAGCUAUGAGUUGUAAGCUAAAAAGAUACCCCCGUGUCCACUUGACCAUUUCGUUCAUUAUUUUUUCGGCCCUUACGUUUCUUCGUUCUUGAACGUACAUUUAUCACCCCCCCCCCCCUCUUUUUAAAUCGUCCCGCAAAAUUUCUGCCCUGCAUGAUGUUCGUCUUCUUACGGAAUAACUCACUAGUUUCUUCGGUGCUCAAUAAGCUGCACGGGCAGCCGCCUACCUAUGACAAGAAGUGAGCAUUUUAAACUCGAGCAUUGAUGAUAUGCUGGAGCUGAUUGGAAUAUGAACUGACAAUCGUGGGGUGAUCAGGUCGCAGUACAAAAUGGGCCGCACCUUGGUAUGCUUUUUCCGUCUAUUUUUCCUUCGAAAUGGGGAGGAUGACAUCCGUCGCUAAAAUCGGUUACUGGCACUAGGGUGCAGGCACUUAUGGAAUUGUUCGCGAAGCAGACGGACCUACCGGGAAAGUUGCCGUGAAAAUCAUUCUCAAGAAGAAUGUCAAAGGUAACGAGCAGAUGGUAUACGAUGAACUAGCGUUGUUGCAGAAACUUAAGCAUCCGCAUAUUGUUGCGUUUAGGGAUUGGUUUGAAUCGAGAGUGAGUGACCUUCGCAGCCAUUGAGGUGGGGGAAUACACCACGGGUGCUAAAAUGGGGGAUCACGUGCUAGGACAAAUACUACAUUGUCACCCAACUAGCGACCGGUGGAGAGCUUUUUGACCGCAUUUGCGAGUACGGGAAAUUUACCGAGAAGGACGCCUCUCAGGUCGUGCGCGAGGUCCUGGACGCAGUGAACUACCUGCAUAAUAACAAUAUUGUGCAUAGAGGUGCGUGUUACGCGUUGAGCAAUUAUUGAGUCCUGGCGCUAACCUUACAGGGUAGAUUUGAAACCUGAGAAUCUUCUAUACCUCACUCCCGAUGCCAAAUCUUCCCUAGUCCUGGCGGAUUUCGGUAUUGCCAAAAUGCUGGAUUCAAGUGAUGAGAUGCUAAACACCAUGGCUGGAUCUUUCGGAUACGCUGCGCCUGAGGUUAUGCUGAAGAAGGGUCAUGGAAAGGCUGUUGACAUGUGGUCUUUGGGAGUUAUCACCUAUACUCUCCUCUGUGGAUACUCUCCGUUCCGUAGCGAGAGUCUCCCGGACCUCAUCGACGAAUGUAGCAAGGGAGGUGUUAUCUUCCACGAGCGCUAUUGGAAAGAGGUCAGCAAGGAUGCGAAACGCUUUAUUGGCGGACUUCUCCAGCCUAAGCCCGAAGACCGCCCCACUAGUCAGGUAGAGUGCCCCCCGGGUCUGUUCUUUAAUGUGAAAAGCGCUUUUUUUCUUUGAUUUCUAAUUUGUGUGGUUCUACAGGAAGCGCUCAGACACACCUGGCUCAUUGGCGAAACUGCCACCGACUACGAUGUUCUUCCAGAAAUCAAGUCUUAUAUCGCAAAGGCUCGCCUCAGGCGUGGUAUCGAAAUGGUCAAGCUUGCGAAUCGCAUUGAAGCACUCAAAAUGAGGGCUGAUGACCCCGAAGAGGAUUUGCCCACCGAUACUGGGAAGGCAGCAACUGGAGGAGCUUCUUCUACUGGCCAAAAUGCAUCGACACCGGGUGGAGGUGCAGGAAGACUUUCUAGGGCUGCUAGAUCGGCUAUUUUCCGGGAAGUCGUUCUCGCCAAGGUUAGGGAACUGAAGGCGGAGGAGGCCAAGCAGAUGGCGGAGAGGACAUUGACAGAGAGAAGCAAAAAGUAGAUUGCGGAGGUUAGGCUGUAGCUCGGAGAACUCAAGCGAUUGAACUGUGUUUGAUUCCAUCUCAUAUUUUCGAUUUUUUUUUUUAUUCCUAGGGCACCUUUAGUUAUUUAUUGUCAAUGGGUGCUGAAUACAAAUCUUGAUCGAUUUAUGAUUACUGUACGAGUACUGCGAGCAAUGACGUGAUACGGGGGAAGUCGUGGUGAUUUGGCUCUUCAAAGUCUGCUUGCUCUAAUUGUCCAAUCCAUUGUACGAGUACUGUACUGUACUCGAGUACGAUCGUCUGAGACAGUCGGAUAGCGUCACCGGGAACGCUAAACCUGUCCUGGAAUGAUUGGAGCUUUGUGAUUUGCUGGGAAUAUUUGGACUCACCAAGAAUGUUGGGUUUUUGCUCGUAUUGAGUAUUGUACUUGUAGCGGUACGGUACUGAAAAUCCGAUUUUCCGGCCGAAUUCAUUGUGGAGUACGAUACUUGUACCAUGCGUAGUCGAUUCCACUGGAGGUGUUGGGAAUUUUAGGCGUAGAUAUUACACUCGCAGAAUAUCUAAUUUAUCAGAUUGUCCUGGCUUGUUGCUCAUGAAUCCAAGAGAGCUGUUGUAUGAUCAGAACUUUGGGUCGGU